UCAGAAUGCAAGACGAACAACACAUUGUUCUCGAGCUUCCAGGAUCUAUUGUGUCCAGAAAGGGCCGUUCGUGUUCGUCUCAGAGAGAAGUGACAGUAGUGCUGCCUAACGGACAGUACGUGGUGGUUCGCUGUGACACUAAGUCCAAAGCAAGAGAUGUGUUUGACAUGGUGGUGGCUCACGCAAACUUGGUGGAACACUUCUACUUUGGUCUUGCCUGUAUAGAUGAUGAUGAAUAUUUCUUCUUGGACCAUGAAACAAAAAUCUCCAAAAUUGCACCUGACAGUUGGAAAAAAGGGCAGAUUUUCUCCUUUUUGGUGUUUCUUCGAAUCAAAUUUUUUGUUGAUGAUAUGUCCUUCAUUUUGCACAGACUGACUCGUCACCAGUACUACUUACAGCUGCGUAAGGAUCUCUUGGAGGACAGGCUUUACUGUAAUGAGGAGACAGGCUUGUUUCUGGCUGCUCUUGCUCUGCAGGCUGAGUUUGGGGAUUACAUGCCAGAGCUGUAUGGUAAGAAUUACUAUCAGCCAGAGCAUUAUGUGUCCAAGAGGAUGCUCGAGAAGCUGGCCCUGCCCAAUGUCAAAGAAGAGUUGCCAAGACUACAUGCUAGUCAUGCCCAACUUCUGCCUGAAGAGGCAGAAACAGAGUACUUAAAGAUUGCCCAGCAGUUGCCGGAGUAUGGGGUUAUGUUCCACCGUGUGGGGAGAGAGAAAAGAACAGCGGUGGGAGAGUUGGUUUUGGGAGUCUGUGCCAAAGGAAUCAUUGUGUACGAGAUAAAGAACCACCUCCGGACUGUCAUCAGACGCUUCCUUUGGAGGGAAACCGACACCAUAUCCACUGGGCGUCGUAAACUCAUUAUAGAGUGUGGCGGGCCCAGCGGGAAAAAGCACAGUUUUAUAACAGAAAGCUCAAAAAUAGCACAGUACCUUCUGAACCUCUGCUCAGCACAGCACAAGUUCCAUAGCGAGAUGACGUCCCGUCAACUUAACCACCAUGAUACCAGAAUAAAUAACACCUCUGUUUCUCUAGAUGAAAACAUGGAUAAGUACAUGUCUGUCUACCGGUGUCGUAACUUGGACCUAAAGCGGAUGUCCUGCUCAGAGGGCAUGUUGCACCAUAUAGGUUUGACAUCUGGUCAACCAGACUCCCUCUCCAAGUCCUGUGACAACCUGACUGCCAAGCUGGAGGCGAGGCUGCGCCAGCAGAGGGAGAUGAGGAGGGAGAUGAGCAGAGAGCUGAACAAGGAGCUCACUGAAACAGUAGACCUCAGAGACAUGAAAGAGCGACAGUGUUGGAGCACUCCUGAGUCGCUUCCCAGAAUGAUGUCCAGUGUCUCGCUACAGAAGCAGGACUCUGAAGCCUCUUCCUCUAUACGAGUUGAUACACCAACCAGGACCCCACCAGAGAGAGAGAUAGUCUGUGUGUCCCUGAAGAAAGAUCCCAAACUGGGCUUUGGCUUUGUGAUAGUGGGCGAGGACAAUACAGGUAAACUUGACCUUGGGAUCUUCAUUGCUUCCAUUGUGCCUGACGGGCCCGCGGACAAAGAUGGACGAAUCAAACCCGGUGGACGUCUUAUCUCCCUAAACAAGACUAGUUUGGAAGGAGUGACAUUUACUGACGCUGCUGCCAUCUUACAGAGCAGCCCUGAAGAGGUGGAGCUUAUUGUGUCCCAACCUAAAUACUAUCUGAAGGACAGAAGAUGUUCCUUAAGUCAAAGUACUCUCGGUUUGGCAUUGGAGAGAAGCUUCGGGUCACAGACCACACUGAGUGGCACAGAGUACCGUCCUGUCGUGGAGGAACUGGAGGAGGCCAUCACUCUGUCCAACAUGGCAACCCCAAAACAUAGCAGGAGGCUUCACAUUCCUGUUGUGCGAAUCCAUGAUGCCCAGGAUGUGUCUUCUAGGUCCCCGUCUCUCUUAAGUUUGAAAACUGGGGAGCAGUUUAUGGUGGAGCUGAAGAAAAACAGUGGUAGUCUUGGCAUCAGUGUCGCUGGAGGACAAAACACCAAUGUGCGUUAUGGAGGUAUUUACAUCAAAAGUCUGGUGCUUGGAGGUGCUGCAGAGCAGGACGGGCGCAUUCAGAUCGGUGACAGACUGCUGGAGGUUGAUGGGUCCAACAUGAGGGGUGUGACUCACCACCAAGCUGUCGAGUGCCUGAAGAGGACUGGGGAGGUGGUGAACCUGCUGUUGGAAAGGGAACCCACAGUGAUCUUGGAGCCCAGACUUGACUCACCCUGCCCCCCCUUGGCCCACAGUUCAUCACAUAUACAGCACCUAAGGACUGAAGUCUCCAUGGAAACGACCUUGAGUGGUCGAGCCAAGGACUACAGCUUUGUGACUGAUGAAAACACGCAUGAAGUGGUGCUGAAGAAGAGUUUGUCUGGCCUCGGCUUCAGUUUUAACAUUUCGCAGCUGCAUUCGGGUCCAGACAGUGGCAGCGUGGUUCGUAUCAAACGUCUGUUCCCGGGUCAACCAGCGCUAGAGAGUGGCCUGCUGCGAGAGGGAGACAUCAUUCUGUCUGUCAACAAAGAGCCUGUCAAGGACCUCUCUUACCAGAGGGUUUUGUUCCUGCUACGUGGAGCUCCAUCUGAAGUUCAUCUGCUGGUCUGCCGACCAGGUCCUACAGUACUGUAUGAUGCAGAUGACAACACACUGCAGUCACCCACCCAUGAGGAAGAUCUGACAAACACAGCAGAGAAAAGCUUGGAUCCUCAUGCAGCUCCAGCAUUCCUGGAGACCCAGGAGAGUCUGGAUGGUGAAGUGCAAUCCAACGAAAAUCUCCCAUCUCCUCCUCGCUCACCCCCGUCGCCCACCUCACCUAUAUCACCUCCGUCACCAGUCUCCCCACCCUCACCUGCCUCCCCAGCAUCACCUACCUCACCUGCCUGUGGCUCUCCCCUGGCUCUACCAGAGUCACAACCAACCACUGGUAAACUAGAGGAACAACAGGAAGUAGAUAGGAAGAAGAACAAGGACGGGAAAGAGAAAGACGAAGAGAAAGAAGAUGUUGCAACGACUACAAGCUCAACUGUGAUGCUUAUGGAUGACUGUCCUAAGAGUGCUUCGAACUACGUAUAUGCCAGUGGAGUCAGAGAGGAGGCAGAUGGAAGUGUGACCUACUGCCUGAUGGGAAAUGGACUGACUAUCAUGGCAGAUGAAGAGUACCUGACCAUCAGCUCCACACUGGAGCCUCUUCUCAGCCUUCCCUCCAGUCUGGCCACUCACACUCCAACAACCAACCUCACAGGCCUCCACUCUCAAAUCUCCAACAACUCCACUAGUUUUAGCUCUCAGAAUCCAAGCCUCAGCCCUCACAUCCCCACUGCUACCACCAGCUUGCCCCUCAGCCACUCGUCUGACACCACAACCACUUGCUCCCUGGCCCACCCAUCCCAGCCGCUCACAACCCAGCCACCAAAAUCCAAGCACCAUCCAAUCCAGCAGGGGCUUCUUCCAAGUCACUACAAAGCCAUCUCCAAGAACAGUAAGCCUAUCGUGCCCCUACCGCAGCCUCCUGAUUCCCCAUUGACCCCCAUUACAGCUCAGGUUGUCCCUUCUGUGCCUCCCUGUGCCAGUCCACCUGCCCUGACGCUGCCCCCCACAAUGCUGCCCCCUCCUGCCCAGAGCCAUACACAGUUGAGAGAAGAAGCAGAGAAGAAAGAAAGGGAAUACAAGUAUGAUGAUUAUGAAGAGAAUGAGGAGGAGGAGGAAGAGAGUCGGAGGAAGGGAUUGGUUAAAGAGUUUGAGCUGACAGUGGUUCUGACCAAGUCCAGGAGUGGAAGCUUUGGGUUCACCAUCACUCGAAGCAAACUGGACAACUGCUACUACAUACAGGAAAUACUGGACAACCCAGCCAAGUCAGAUGGACGACUCAGGGCAGGAGACAGGCUUGUGACAGUAAAUGGACAUGAUGUUACCAAUGUGGGAGAUGAUUUUGCCAUGACGAUUCUCAGGUCAUCUCCAAGAAGACUGAGUAUGACCUUGGGGAGGGCUGUUUCCAACCUGGUGGCCCCGCCGUCCUGUGACAGCCUGCCUGAUAUAGUUCUCUACAAGACACCUUCAGGACAGCUAGGUAUAAAGCUGACAGGAGGCAUUGGCAGCAAAUGGCAGGGCAUCUACUGUCUGCAGGUGGUGCCAGGCUCCCCAGCCAGCGAGGAGGGCACCGUCCAACCCAGUGACAAGAUCCUCUACAUCUGUGGCAGGUGUACCCUGGGAAUGACCCUGGAGGAUGCAGUCAAAGCCUGUGAGAUCGCCCCUCGUAAAGUCAAGCUUAAAAUCCUCAGAGAAGACCAGCCAGUGAACCCCAAAGCUAAGUGGAAUGCUGAAGCCUUGUAUGGGACUCCUGGAAAUUUCAGAUGUCGCUCUCUCACACAAGAACAGGAUAGUUGCAUCAUGCAAGUGGAGUUCACAAAACCAGAAGGAGGAGGCCUUGGCUUUGCUUUGAUUGGGGGAACCAAUGGCAGCAUGCUCAGAGUGAAGGAAAUCUGCUCUGGUGGAGUAGCUGAGCAGGACGGCCGUCUAAGAGUGAACGGUGUGAUCGUGUCUGGGCUGAGCCACAGUAAGGUGGUGGAUAUCCUGCGUAGAGCUGAAGGCAGUGUACAGCUCACCAUCUGCAGAGACAUCCUGCCCCUGGCCUACUCCGAGUCACCUACACCACCCAACAUGUCUGCUCACACUGAAGCUAUUUUAGCCGAGCAGCCGGCUCCUGUGUCCAGCCCUGAUACCUGUUCCUCCCUUGACGUCAUGCUGAAAAGGCCAGUUGAGCACCCCCCUGUGACUUCAGACCCUCUGGUCAAUGAAGCUGGAGUGUUUGUUACCUCACCACCUCCUCCACCACGCCGACUGACUGUCGUAACAGAUGACACUGAAAUCAUACAGAAUGGUCUGGUCUCACCCCUGCCCCCUGACUCCCCCAGGAAACAAAUUGUGACCAAACUUUUGGACCGGUCCUGCAAAGACAUCCGGAAAACCAAGUCAGACGGCUGGAGCAGCGAAGAAGAAGAUGAUGAUGUGUUUGAUGCCACUGGUCGGGAAAUGACCUCAGCACAAACAGGCCCACCCAUAGUAUCAGAGGAGGAACUGGCCAGUUUAGCUCUCAUUACCCCCGCUACGACCAGCCAGUAUUCAGGCUCCAGGGUCAAAGCUCUCAUCCAGAUUCUGCAGCAUCAGCUGGACCAGCAGGAACUGGUCAAAGAGUUCAUGGCUCUGGAACAUCUGAAGCCCUCUGACAACUGUCUGGUGGGAAAAGCCCCUGAGAACAGAGAUAAGAACCGCUACAGAGACAUCCUACCCUAUGAUGAAACCCGUGUUGCCAUUGGAAACAACCAGGACUACAUCAACGCCAGCUACAUCCGUAUGCAAGUUGGCGAUGAAGAGUUCUUCUACAUUUCCUGUCAGGGCCCUCUGCCUUCCACAGUGCCGGCUUUCUGGCAGAUGAUCUGGGAAAACAAAUCUGAUGUCAUUGCAAUGAUGACCCAGGAAGUAGAACGGGGAAGGAUCAAAUGUCACAAGUACUGGCCAGAGAAGCUGGGCGUGCCUCUGGACUCCGGCAGGUACCAGCUUCACCUGGAGAACCAUCAGUACCUGGAGUACUUCCACAUCAAGGUCAUCCGCAUGGUGGAGGCAGAGACCGGUGAGACACAUUUUGUCCAUCACCUGAAGUUCACACACUGGCCUGACCACAGAGUGCCGAAAAGUUCCGAGCAGCUGGUUCGCUUCAUCCGCUACCUGAGGGCAGUGCACCAUAUGGGACCAGUCACUGUGCACUGCAGCGCCGGCAUCGGACGCACAGGAGUUCUCAUUUGCACUGACGUUCUCCUCUGCCUCAUUCAGAACGAUUUACCUAUUAACGUAAGCAACAUUGUAAAGGAGAUGAGAUACCAGCGGCAUGGGAUGAUCCAAACUAAGGAACAGUACUUCUUCUGCUACAAAGUCUGGUUGGAGGUUUUACAGGGCAUUUUACAGCUUCACGGUAACCAAUGGCAACCGGAAAGCCCCCGAGACCACAAAGUAGUUUGAAUGUCUCCACCUCCAGUUCACCGACCUGUAAAGCACAGACUGUGUAUGAGUACCAUGUGCAGUCUAUCAUAAUACUGGUUAUACCUUUUUCUUCGGCUGUAGUUAUUUUAGUUAGCUAUAAUAGGAAACCUGAACUUUUCUGUUUUGAUACUUUAUGUUGAGGAGGCCUAUUGGUUAGUUACAAUGACUUUAACUUUAAUGUUUUUGUUCUUGUAUGUGCUCUCGGUGCUGUGAUUAUGUCAAUUUAAUUUAGAUCACUGAGGUUGUUUUGCCUUUUCAGGCUUAGUGAUUUGCCUUCUGUCUUUAGCAUUUUUUUUUUUUUAAAUGUGUGUCACUAUUUGAAUGUAUCUCAUUUAUUUUCUCCAUGUCCUUUAAUUUGCAAAUUGCAUUCAUUUGCAACAGUCAUAUUGCAUGGGAUUUAGAAUCUGGUAAUAUUCACAUCUUUUAUCUGGCAGUAAUAUUUCUAACGUCAUUAGCAAAGUGCACAAGUGAACAUAAGAUCAUCAUACCAACGGGAGUAUCUGUUUGUAACCUUGAUGAGUAGCAUUUCAUUAGGCAUUUUGUCAUAAUAUCAUUAAGUGCAUUUGUACCUUGGAGAAAAGGGCAUUAGCAAAAGAACACUAUUGAUUUUUCAGUUCAUCAUCUCUGGAAAUGAAAAGAAUCAAGUGCCUUGGAAUGACUCACACCGCUUGCUCCACAUUGCCCCCGAGCCACUUGUCACAAGCGGUCGGGAACAGAGAGCAUGAAACUGAUUUGAGAGCACCCGGUGGUGGUUACUGUAGAUUGAAUGUGUAGCUUUCAGUCUGUUUGCGGUCUGAGGUGAAUGUUUGAUUGAUCCAAACCAGAGGAGGAUUACAUCUCACCUUUUAGUUCAAAUGUAACUUAGAAACAAUGUGAAGUUUGCACACCGCCUGUCAAUUUAUUGUUUGUGGGCCGAAUUUAUAACAAUGAAAGUCUUACUACACAUAAUCACAACUUGCACAUCCUGAUACAGAUAAAGAAUGAUUCAACAUAACAAAUGUUUGGAUGAAUUCAUAUAUUUUCAAUUCACUGUUUUACAAAAAUUUGAAUGAGGCGUUAACACUAAAUAUUCAGAUUUUUUGUAGAAUGUACAAAACUGAUUUAAAUUGACAAUUUAAAUAGUUAGUUGCUGGGCAUUAAGGUGUAAUUUGUUAUGUAACAACAUCCUUUAUCUGUAUUCCAUAGCUAUUUUAAUACACACUCAGCCAAAAAUGCAAAAAAUAUGAGGUUUACAAAAUUUCCAUUUUGCCACUUUAGCUGUAGCUAUAUGAUGUGUACAUAGCAACAGAGCUGCAUCUCUGAGUCACAGAUCAAAGAUGAUUUAUAGCUGCUGGUUUGAACCUCGAACUUUGGAUGUAACUGCUGUAUGUAACUUCUUUUAGCUGCUAUCACACACACACAAACACACACACACACACACACCAGCUCUCUUAUUGCAUGCAGACUCUUAAAGUACAGACGUCUGAGCCUGGUGUUUGGCUGAAUGAAUUGAACAUGAUCAAAAUGUGGAAUGUAACAAAGCAAUACUCUCCACGAGGAGGGGUGAUCAGAAUGUCAACUUCUUACCUGAUAACAUCUUUCAAACAGUUUGGAGCAUGUUGGUAAGACACAUGCAUUACUCUACUUUUGCCAUGUGGAUGGCUACACAGAGCCAUCAGCCUCUGUACUGUGUAUGCAACAUCUUUUCAUCAAUGCUGGUCAGUUGGUCUCCAGCGAUAGGUUACUCUCUGUUAUGUGCAAGUUCACGUUCUCUUUAAAAUCCUGUUGAUAUGUUUUCUCCCUCAGAUCUUCAGAACAAACAAAAGCACAUUUUGCAUUCAUCUGUGGAAAUGCAUCUUGUACAGUCAAAGCAAGUGCUUAUGCAAUAGCAUUGUGAAAUUGAAUAACCCUUAAUUGCACAACGGCUUAUUUAUGCUAAAUUAAUCUCUUGUCACUGUACCAGCCACUAUGUAACCAAUAACUGAGAACAAUGUAAUACCUCUCUCUUUAAUUAAAAACUAUUGUGAAACUUG